CAUUAAAAAGAUAAAAGGAUCAUGAAGUUUCUGUUUCAUUCUAAGUUUUCCGGCGUAUACAACAGUCGUGUGUAGCGAUGUUCUACAAAACAAAAUUAAAUCAAAAUGCAAGUGAACAUGCAACGGUAAACAAAGCUCCAUCGAUUGAUAACAUUAGCAAAAUGCGUUCCCAUUAGUAGCACAAUCACAUUAGUUCCACAAUCCAGUCGCGAUUUCACCCCGCUUUGACGCGCAACUCGGUCAACGCCAUCAGCGUCGUCGGUCAAGAAUGUUCAUUGCAUCUCGGCUCGAGCGCUCGAUCGAUUACGCUCGACUGCAAUCCGAUGACUUCUUCUCGCAUACGUCCGUGCACGGUAUGAAGUACCUCGCGUCCGCGUCCGGUCGACGAUCGCCGAUCGAGCGAACACUUUGGGCUGUAAUCUUUCUGGUGUCAAUUUCGACGUGUGCACUUUUGGCACGGGAAAUCUACCGAAAAUGGCAACAAACACCGGUGAUUGUCGGAAUCAACGAACGCAUGACGUCGAUCUGGGAGAUUCCAUUCCCGGGCAUGACCAUCUGCCCGGAUCUUCCGCUGGCCAACUUCAGUGUUAGCUGUGAUGGGCACUGUGAAAUAACGAAAACCUUCGUUGCGGAGUCCACGUGCCAUACAAUCAAUUCGCUUUCCAUGGAGGAAAUGUUCCGGUCUGAAGUCCUUGAAGAUGCAGUAAACUAUCCAUAUCUUCGUGGAAUCAAUAAAAGAUCCAACUGGGAUCUCGAUAAUGGCUACGAUCACAACUUAAGCUUCGAAGACAGUUACUACUCCUACCCUAAACGAUUUAUCCUAGGAAUGGGUGGUCAAUUUCUGGACAUUGAAAUCAAGUAUCUCAAAAAAGAUUUCGAAAAUAUCGAAGAUCGUCAUCAAUUCUUCUCCAUCAUCUUACAUCUUCCCAACGAAUACCCACAAAAGAUCAGUGGAUUUCACGCGAUACCAGCUGGGCAAGGCUUUGUACUGCACCUGUCUCCUCAAAUGAUGACUACUUCAGAGGAGCUGCGAGGUUAUCCUCCACAUAAACGGCAAUGCUAUUACCAGGAUGAAAGGAAACUCAAUUACUUCGAACACUACACCGAGGCUAAUUGUAAACUUGAAUGGUACAACAAUCACAGCGAGCAAUGCAACUGCACAAUGUUUCCUGUUCCAAAUCAUAGGCAUCUCAAGUUGUGCAGCCUUCUCGACGAAAAUGCGGACUGUUUGAUUGAUGCUUGGCACUCUCUAACCAACAUAACUUUGGUGAACCAAAUGAAGCAACUGCAAAACUACCAACUGGAGAAACUUUCGGAGGAAGCAUGCUUGCCACCGUGCACUUCUCUAUACUACGAUGCCGAUAUUGCAUUACUCACGUCAAAUUCCAUCAAACCAUCGGAGUAUUACGUCACUACUACGCUGAGAGCUCAAUUCCGAUCGCCGCAGUUUGUGGCGUGGAAGCGUCGCGAGCUGUUCAGUACGACCGAUCUCAUAGCCAGCAUCGGGGGACUGGCGGGACUAUUUGUCGGCGCGAGUCUGCUGAGCAUCGUGGAGGUGAUUUAUUUCUUCACCAUUCGUCCCAUUAUCAACGACGGGAGCAAGCGGCGGGGGACCUACGAGGUUCUACCAGGCAGUAGUAGUGGGGAAGAUUACCGAAGGGUUGCGCAGGAACAGCUGAUCAGCGCGAAAGGAAAUUGAACGAAGUCGUUGCUAAGGAUUGUCAGUAGGUUAGUGAUAAGGUCGAAGAUGUACAAAGUAAAUCGGGCACAGCUCACGUGCUUACGCUGAUGAAACGAAAAAAAAAUGCGAAUUGAGGUAGGGUUAAAGAGCCAUUAGAAACGCUACGCUCCCAAACGGAUUCUGAUUGAAAACAGGUGAUUGCGUGAUCGAUUGAUUACGUUCUAUUUAUCGUCAUACAUGUUCACUUAAAAAAAUAAAACAUUAAAAAUCAAAACAAACUGAGCUUUAAUAUUUUGUUUUGAAAACCCGGAGUAAAAAACCGGAGCACGAUCUCCCUAUCAUGAACAGUUCACUAUGGUCGGAUUAUCAUUUAAAAGUAUACUGUAUAGUUGUAUGGGAAUACAUAAAACAAUGAUUGUAAUACGGCAGUGUAGAUAUUUUAAUAGAAGUUGAAGUCGAUAAUUUUACAGCAACAUAUCUAAUUUUAGAACU